AUGAGUACGGAUGUAACCAUCAAGGAAAGCGACAUUGUUGUUUCUACACCCCAGGGCGAGAUUACACUAAAGAAAGAGGACGCUGCUCCAAUAUACUACAAGCCAAAAGGCGAAGGAAAAACAGGAUUUGAACUCAUUCCCUACAAAAACGGCGAAAUGAUUGCUAAUUAUGUACUGUUUGAAGCAUCUAUGAACCUGGCCAAGGUUUCAUGGAAUAGCUAUGAGGGACUCACCAAAAAAGAACGUACCAUUUAUAUGGCGCAUUUGAAGGCGAUUGAGGAACGAAAACUGACGUAUAAAGAUCCCUUUACUCGUUUUACUGUAUUUACAGCAUUGCCCUUAUAG